ACGACCACCACCGUUGUCCCGCCCACCGGGAUGCUGGCGGGGAGCAUGAAGCUGAGGCUCUUGCCGGCGCCGGUACCCAUCACCACGACGAUGGGGCUGGCGCCGUGCAGUAUCUCCCGGAUCGCCUUCUCCUGCAGGCCACGAAAGCGGGCGCCGGGCCCCUGGAUCGUCUCGAGCCGCUCCUGCAUGUCCGUAUCUGCCAUACGUCUCCAGCGCUCCGUGCGGACCUCCCUGUUCGCCUCCUCC